AUGACUCUUCGAAGCCCUCCCAAAGCCGUUGAUGACGAUACAGAUGUCAGUUUCCUCAAGUUUCUCAAAUUUCUUCGAGUGCUGCGUUUUGCUAGAAUCGUCCGACUCAUCGUCACUGGAACAGGCGCGGCGAGACAACAAGUCGGCCAGAACAAACGAAGAUACCAAAAAGACGGUUUCGACCUGGAUCUGACUUACAUCACUGAAAAGUGCAUCGCGAUGAGUUUUCCUUCUGAAGGUCGCCAAGCCAUGUUCCGAAACCCAAUGCCCGAGGUAUCCCGUUUCCUGAAGACAAAACACGCUGGAAAGUUCUACGUCUACAAUUUGUGUGCCGAGCGAGGCUAUGAGGGCCAUUGGUUCGAUAAUCAAAAUGGUCGAGUAUUUGUCGACGAUCACAAUGUGCCCAAGCUCGAGGAACUUGUUGAGUGGGGCGUGGAAGCAAAGAAGUGGACAGAUAAAGGAGAUGAUUAUGUUAUUGCUGUGCAUUGCAAGGGAGGAAAAGGAAGAACCGGUACAUUUAUUGCAUCUUGGCUUCUCAUCACCGAUUUUUGCCCCUCGGCUGAUGUUGCUCUUCGGCAUUUUGGAGAACGAAGAACUGAUGAGAGCAAGGGAACUGCUUUCCAAGGCGUGGAAACACCUUCACAGUCGCGGUACGUGAACUACUACGAGUCAAUUCUCCGGAGCGGCUGGCCAAAGCGGAAGAGGAUUUCGAUUGACGCUUUUACGAUCCAGAAUAUCUCCCCGAUAGGUCGUGGGAACGGCCGGUGCAUUUAUUUUACCAUUGUUAAUUUCAAAAAGGUGGUUCUCGAAGCUGCUGUACUUGGCGAACAAGGAUGUACUGUAGCUUUGGAUAGACAGAACGAUAGAUGUACUAUUCAUUUGAAAACGCCACUGGUGGUCAAGGAUGAUGUGAAAUUUAUGUUUUAUUCGUCGGAGAAAUCUGUUCCUCGAAACUACGAAGACUGCGCCUUCUACUUCUGGAUCCACACGGCCUUCAUGCCUGCCUCCGGUCACCUUACCUUGGAGCGUCAUGAGCUCGACAAUCCGCACAAGUCCAAGACCUGGAAACACUUCACCGAUGGCUUUAGCUGUACUAUCCAUGCGAAAAUAUUAGACAAUUAA